AGGGAGAGAGAUACGUCGAUCCAGCUGUAACGUGAACUUCAUUUCCAGUUCGCUGCAUAGAAGAGAGAGACUUCUGGCAGUUUUACAACGUACAAGAAUGUCUCAUGAUCGACUUCUCUUGGUUCUGUUCUCUCUUUUCUGCCUCUCAAUUUCUGGCUUUGGGGCUGUUGUUUUGCCCGGUGAUGAAGUUGAUGCUCUGAAGAACAUAGGUGAGAAGCUGGGCAAGAUGGACUGGAAUCUGAGUGCAGAUCCUUGCAUUGGACUGUACGGAUGGAUCACCGGAGAAGAUAAUAAUGUCACUUGUGACUGCUCCUCCUCGAACUACACCAGCUGCCACAUAGUUAGCAUUGUCUUGACAAGGCAGUCACUAGCAGGAAUUCUCCCCUCUGAGCUGACCCGACUCCCUUAUCUGCAGCAAAUCGACCUCAGCCGGAACUAUCUCAGUGGCACAAUUCCUUCAGAAUGGGGAUCCAUGGCAAAUCUUGUAAACAUCUCCCUUCUUGGAAACCGGUUGACUGGUCCAAUCCCAAGAGAGCUCGGAAAUAUAUCGACUCUCGAGAGUUUAGUUGUAGAGGCCAAUCAGCUCUCAGGAAACCUUCAUACAGAACUCGGAAGAUUGUCCCGGCUACAAAGACUGCAACUUAGCUCGAACAAUUUUACUGGAGAGUUGCCAUCAACAUUUGCCAAUUUAACAGCACUAAAGGACAUCCGGCUUUCUGAUAACCAAUUCUCAGGAAAGAUUCCCAACUUCAUCCAGAGCUGGAAAGAUCUCGAAAAGUUAGUGAGUCAAGCGAGUGGCUUACAAGGGCCAAUUCCGGCUGGCAUAUCAAGUUUGGUGAAAUUAUCUGAUCUGAGGAUUAGCGAUCUUAAUGGGACAGAGGCUACAUUCCCGCAAAUCAGCAAUACAAAUAUCAAGACGCUAAUCCUAAGGAGUUGCAACCUCAUCGGGGAGCUCCCAGCUUAUCUCGGUGAUAUGACGAAUCUGAAGACCUUAGAUGUCAGCUUCAAUAAAAUAAGCGGUGAAAUCCCAAGCACGUUUCAGAAUUUAGCUGCGACUGAUUUUGUGUAUCUGACUGGAAAUCAACUCACGGGAUUGGUACCUGAUUGGUUAAUAAAGGAGGGGCAAAAUGUGGAUCUUUCAUACAACAACUUCACUGUCGGAAGCCCUGUGUGUCAGGAAAGGACAGUGAACUUAUUUGCAAGCUCUCCUAAGGCCAAUAACCUAGGGCUUGUUUCGUGUCUGAGAAGCUUUCAUUGCCCACGGAGAUGGCACAAUCUAUACAUAAACUGUGGUGGAAGAGAAGUGAGCAUAGGAUCUACAGCCUACAACGAAGACAUAGAUCAAGGAGCGCCAGCGAGAUUCUUCUGGAACAGCGCAUACAAUUGGGCUUACAGUAGCACUGGACACUUCAUGAAUGACCGCCCAACAGAUAGCUUCAUUUGGUCGAACACGUUGACAACCCCAAUGGAUGACGAUCCACGUCUCUACAUGACUGCACGUCUUUCUCCAAUAUCCCUAACUUACUACGGUUUCUGCCUUGAGAAUGGAAACUACACAGUAACCCUUCAUUUCGCGGAGAUAAUGUUCAGCAGGAACAACAGCUACACCAGCCUCGGCAGACGUAUCUUUGAUAUUUAUAUACAGGGUAGGCUAGUGUUCAAGGAUUUUAAUAUCGAAGAUGCAGCAGGUGGAGUCGGGAAGGCAGUUACAAGAAACUUCAACACCACCAUCGCCAACACGACUCUUGAAAUACGACUCUACUGGGCUGGGAAGGGGACUACUGCUAUCCCUUCUAAAGGAGUCUACGGUCCACUGAUAUCUGCUAUAUCCAUUAAUCCCAAUUUUGUGCCCCGGAUAGAGUUGGAAGAAGAUAGAAGUAAAAUAUCCACAGGUGCAAUGGCCGCAAUUGUGGCUGCAGUAGCAGUUGCUAUGUUCCUGCUCACGGGCAUCCUUUGGUUGAAAGGGUGUUUCGGUCAAAAACUUAAUGUUGAGCGAGAUUUAAGGGGCCUAGACUUGCAAACUGGUUCCUUUACCCUACGACAAAUUAAGGCGGCCACUAGCAAUUUUGAUGCUGCCAAUAAGAUUGGAGAAGGGGGUUUCGGUCCUGUCUACAAAGGUCUUCUUUCAGAUGGCACUGUGAUUGCUGUGAAGCAGCUCUCUUCCAGAUCAAAACAAGGAAACCGUGAAUUCGUAAAUGAGAUUGGGAUGAUUUCUGGGCUUCAGCAUCCUCAUCUCGUUAAGCUAUAUGGAUGUUGUGUUGAAGGGAAUCAAUUGUUAUUGGUGUACGAAUACUUGGAAAACAACAGCCUUGCUCGAGCUCUGUUUGGGCCUGAAGAAUUCCAGUUGAGCUUGGAUUGGCCGAUGAGACAUAUGAUAUGUGUGGGCAUAGCAAAAGGCUUGGCGUAUCUUCAUGAAGAGUCCAGGCUGAAGAUCGUGCACCGAGACAUCAAAGCAACAAAUGUGCUACUCGACAAGAACCUCAAUCCCAAAAUAUCUGAUUUUGGUUUGGCGAAACUCGAUGAGGAGGAUAACUCUCAUAUCAGCACUCGGAUCGCAGGAACUUAUGGAUAUAUGGCACCCGAAUAUGCAAUGCAUGGGUACCUGACUGACAAGGCCGAUGUUUACAGCUUCGGAAUUGUCGCAUUGGAAACUGUCAGUGGUCGAAGUAACACAAGUUGUCGACGCAUUGGGGAAUUCCUCAAUCUUCUUGAUUGGGCACACAUACUGAAAGCGAGAGGCGGUUUGAUGGAACUGGUUGAUCCAAGGUUGGGCUCCCAAUUUAAUGUGGAGGAGGUGAUGGUGAUGAUCGAGGUUGCAUUGCUAUGCACUGACGUCACUCCAACAACUAGGCCUGCCAUGUCUUCGGUGGUGAGCAUGCUCGAAGGCAAGACCGUGGUCCCACUGCUGAUUCCUCGGGAUGGUUCCACUCUGGGGGAUGAAAUGAACAUUGAGGCUAUGAGGAGGCAACUCAGUUGCGGAUACAAAGAGGAGGAAUGGAUCAACCAGUCACAUACCGCUUCAUUCUCUGCAUCUGCUGACAAAGAUCUAUAUCCAUUAAUCUUGGAUUCAUCAGAUUAUAAAGUGAGCAGAUUGACUGAUGAAGAAAGGAGCUGAUGGUUGCAGAAGGAAGUCUAUCAAGGAGGGUUACAAAAGAUUAAUCAACUCAAAUCCUUUUAGUCAAUAUUCCUCCUUCGGUGCUCUAGAGAUUGGCAGGAGGAUUCCUCGAUACAUAUGGAAUGCACUCUGCUGGGUCACACUGAAUUCCCUGCAGUUUUUAACUGUUAUGUAGAGCUUUGGUUUUAUCAAGUAGACCAGAAUAUCAACUAUAAAUUCUAGUAAGUUUUUAGGGGUGAGAAAAGAUCAUAUCCCAUCAUUAUUAUCAUCGUUCCUUCGCUACCUCAUAAUAAUGUAUAAUAAUUGCAUUUUAUAUGGAUUGUACGCUUGACAAUAUUAAGGAAGUACAAAAAAAAAAAGAAAGAGUAAGGUUGUGUUUGUUUACA